CGAUCAUAUAAAAUAGAGUCCAAUGUCUAGUAUGGUCACAGUUUUCAUUUAUCAAGAAACCAAAAAUGACACGGGUUAAUUUAAUUUUCGCAUUAGUUUGCGUGGUGCUUCUUACCAUAGCUGAAGCAGAAUUACGAGAACGCCGUUCUCCUCAAUUCAGCCAAGCCAGUGCCAGUGCUACAUCGUUUGGAGGCAAUAGGUAUCCUCCCCGACCAGGAUUCGGGGGUCCUGGAUUUGGGCGUCCUGGACCAGGAUUUGGCAUUGGAAGACCGGGCGGUAACUUCCAAGGCCCAGGUGGAUUUGGACGUGGGCCCUCAAGAGGAUUUGGACCAAAUAUACCGGGAAGACAGGGUGUCAAUAUAAACAUCGCUAAGAGUGUUAGCAUAAGCACUGGUGGUCGUGGUACCUCUUUGUCUCAAGCGACUGCGAAUUCAAGGGGCUAGUGAUGUGUUUGUAUUAAAAUAAUUAGGUGACAUUUUUUUUGGAGGACAUUUGCAAGUUUUUUAUUAAAAUAUUUUUCUUGAUUA